AUGGACGAAACUGUUCUGCACAUAGAAGAUGUCCGCCCAUAUCAAGAUCAAGUGGAGAGAGAACAACAACAAAACCGUGUCAUGUCUGUUGUGUCCAAAGUGACACUGAUCACGUUUUCGAUGCUUCUACUUAUAUCACAAUGGUUUUUCUACUCCUUCGCCUGUAUAGACCUCUGGCAAGCGGAGAUGACUCGGGACCUAAGUUCUACACAGAACUGGUUUGAUUCCACAUCCGUCUAUUUGGUGGUAGUUGUCGUCUCCAGAACCUUCGAAAUACCUUGUCUUUCAAAGAUGGAGCUGAAGCAUACUAGCUACCUGUUCAGAUUUGAAACUACUCAAAAUAAAAAUUUUGGUCUACCCCGUAUCAUGGGGUUUGUGUUGGAAGAUUGGUUGAAAGUGUUCAUUUAUGAAGGAAUCGCGUGCUCCACUGGACUAGUGUUGGGAAUAUUGAUACUGGUUUUGAAAAUAACCAAAGAGUAUUAUUUUUCCGUCAAAUGGAUAUCUUUGGCUUUCCUUGUACUUCAAGUUCUCGUAUGUGUGUCAAUUAAUAUAUGCUUCAAGUACUCAUUUUUCCAAAAGAAACUUCUCCUGAGUAGAAUGAAAUCGGAGAAAAAAGUAGCUGUGGAAGCCGUCGGAUUGUUCAAUGCGAAAAGGGCUAAAUUUGGGAUGCCAGAAAGAAUCAGAAUGCAAGGAGCUCAAGGACAAACUGGUCAGAGAGAAGCUGAAGGAGCAUGA